CAUUCAUGCAUACUGCAUGUGCAUAGGAGGAAGUGAUUAGGUUAGGGUACAGUGUCUGGCUGCAUGGCUAUAAAUAAAGAAGCUCAAAUUAUUCGAUAAGAGUGAAGCAUCGUAGCAAGCAACGCUACACUGAGAUGUUGAAGAUGAAGGCCGCCAUUGCCCUAGUAGCACUGGUGUACCUCACAAGCAGCCUGGUGUGGGCUGCACCAAAUGAAGAAUCAAUAGACAUACAAAGGUUCAACGAUGCUCUUGAGAAUGCUCUCAGUCAAGAAUCCUCACAAAUACCACCCGAUGGCACCAAGAUCGAUAAUCAAGAUGCGGUCGAACAAAAUGACGAUGAUGAUAUAGACUUGCAGUCGCUAAUGGCAGCUGCUCAAGGUGAUGAUAAUAAUGAUGAUGAAAAUAUGAAAGCUCUGAGGUCGCUAAUGGCGGCUGAGCAAAACGAAGAAUCGGAGAAUAAACUGGUUGCUAACAAACAAGAAGAUGAUGAAGAUAUGAAAGCUUUCAAUUCGCUAAUGGCUGCUGCACAAGAUGGCGCUGAUGACGAUGAAAAUGUACGUGCUCUAAAGUCGGUAUUUGCAGCUACUCAAGAAGAGGAUAGUGAAACACAGCUGGUUGGAAAUAGUGAGGAAACUGCUAAAACUGCCUGGUGGCGUCGCAAACGUCACAGGCGUAGGAGGUCGAAGUCAGCUGCUUACUAUAAACGAUACUACAGUCGUUACUAUAGUAACUAUUACAGCAAGUAUUACAGUCGUUACUACAGUAACUAUUACAGCAAGUAUUACAAGCGAUACUAUGCUAGGUACUACAGCAGGUAUUACUCUCGCUACUACAAUCGAUACUACAGCAAAAAGUUGCAAGGAGCAAAAUCGUACGGUAAUUACGAAUUUGGAGUGUUUAAUCAUGUGUACAGGUACAUGAAGAGUCACUACCCCAGCAUGUAUCGCAAGUACUUGCACUACCGGGGAUGAUUGAAAAAAGAACUCUGCAUGAGACUUGUUAUAGUGUAGUGGAGAUGAUAGUUAGAACAAACGUUUAGUAUCAGUGAAUAUAAUUAUAUUGAACAUCAAUUUAGUCGCAUAUAGCUAUAAUGGAACAUAAUUAUAGUUA